AUGGCAUCACAUCAAGGCGAAGUGUCAACGUACCUUGCUUCUCUUAACAUACCAACGCAUGAGGCGGGGUCCCUCGCUCCUACAUCAUCAAGCAGAAAGCCAUUAAAUUUUUACAUCGAUAUGCCAGAGCCCGAUUCUCCUGUAGAUAUGGAUCCCCAACAGGCACCUGAUCAGCAAGGAAGAAGUGCACCUGCUCCCUAUAGGGCAAACUCUUCGCCAAUAAUUUCGCAUACAGAGGCUUCGACACCUACGGAACGCACCCAUCUCGAAACCCCUAACAUCGCAAGGUCCUACGGCACUCUCCCCACGCGUCGACGCGGUUUAAGCAAAUCCUCCACCCCCCGGAGAAACCUUUCCCAACUACCUACUAUACCUCCUCUUCAACGAACCCGAACAAGUUCAUUCAGUCAUCUGCCUUUCACAACCUCUCCAUUCCGCGACCUCUCUUUCGCAAGGUUGAGCACUAGACCUAUUUCCUCAUACGACGAACCACUACACACUAAGGAUGGCAUCGUGUCCGACGCGGACGCAAAAGUGAAUGGAAUCCGUGUAUGGUACACCUCCUUCACAUCUAUCGACUGGCUGCAUGAUGCCAUCAAGGACUCUGCUCGAUUUUCGAAGUUGAGGCGGCGACAGUCUAUCCGAUCUCGUUUGCGUCUUGCCUUUGACAAAAGCUUAGGCUGGAUUAUAGUUACGAUUGUAGGAUUUCUUACUGCUAUCGUCGCCUUCCUUGUCGUCCGAAGCGAGCAAUUGUUAUUUGAUAUGAAGGAAGGCUACUGCCUGACUGGUUGGUGGAAGGCGCGGAGGUUUUGUUGCCCCACAAUUGAUAAUGGAGAGUUGGGUGGUACUUUUUUUGGCGCGUCAUGUCUUCCCUGGAAAACAUGGUCAGAAGUAUUAUCUCCAAGGGGAGGUGCGGAUAAAGAUAGUUUGGUGGAAUACGCGUCAUACGCAUGUAUUGCGAUCACAUUAGCUGCAACCUCUUGCCUGCUGACCAUAUAUUUGACAAAUUCGACUACUUUUGUGACUCGUAAAGAAUCUGGAAGUGGCUCCCGUUCAGACAACGCAAAGGGUGCUAAAUCCUCCGCAGAACCAAAACGGAAGGUUAUGUUUUAUGCCGCAGGCAGUGGAAUACCUGAAAUUAAGACAAUUCUUUCUGGUUUUGUUAUACAUGGCUACCUUGGAGGAAGGACCUUGUUCACGAAGUCGGUUGGAUUGGCGCUUUCCGUUGCUUCCGGCCUGUCACUGGGGAAGGAAGGUCCAUUCGUUCACAUUGCAAGUUGCGUUGGAAAUAUUGUCAGCCGUAUCACGACAAAAUACGAAAACAAUGAAGCUAAACGCCGUGAAAUAUUGAGUGCUUCUUGUGCGGCUGGUGUUGCAGUCGCUUUCGGUGCACCCAUUGGCGGAACCUUGUUUAGUUUAGAAGAAGUAUCAUAUUUCUUCCCUCCCAAGGUGAUGUGGAGAAGCUUUUUCUGCGCAAUGAUCGCUGCCAUUACGCUCAAGAUACUCGAUCCAUUUGGUACUGGCAAAUUAGUUCUCUUCCAGGUGACUUACGACAAAGAUUGGCAUGCCUGGGAGCUCUUUCCGUUUGUGAUUCUUGGGGUCAUUGGAGGAAUAUAUGGUGCAUACUUCUCCAAGCUCAAUUAUCAUUGGAGCAAGAAUGUUCGUAAUAAAACAUUCUUGGCCUCUCAUCCAAUCGUGGAAGUGUUACUAAUCACAUUGGUAACUUCAGUACUUUGUUUUCUCAAUCCUUACACCCGGAUGGGUGGAACUGAGCUCAUCUACAACCUAUUUGCGGAAUGUCGAACUGGCUCCAGAAAUACUCACUCAGGCCUUUGUAUAAUUGACCCAGGCUCAUUUACUCAAGUUUGGCCAGUCGCCAGAUCCAUUCUGGUCGCAAUGUUGGUGAAAGCCGGUUUAACUGUGGUGACUUUUGGUAUCAAACUUCCCGCUGGAAUAUUUAUUCCGACUCUGGGAGUUGGAGCGUGUGCUGGACGUGUGAUGGGGAUUGCAAUGCAAUGGAUCCAAACAAAACACCCCAACUCAGUGAUGUUUAAUGCCUGUGGAGGAGACAUGGACUGCAUUAUUCCAGGACUUUAUGCUAUGGUGGGAGCUGCAGCCACACUCUCCGGUGUCACAAGAACCACAGUUUCGCUGGCUGUAAUUAUGUUUGAACUGACGGAUACUCUCACAUACGCUGUGCCUGUGAUGCUUUCUGUUCUCGUAGCCAAGACUGUCGCAGACGCUUUGGAGCCGAAGGGAAUUUACGACCUUGUUAUUGAACUCAAUCAGCUACCGUACUUGGAUUCAAAGCAUGAAUACCUGUGGGGAAAUCUUCAAAUAAAUGAUGUUAUGUACCGGGACGCAGAUGUAAUAAGAGUAGAUAAAAAAAAUACUGUCAGUAGCCUAAAAGCCCAGGUAAUGAGCCUCACAUCGUCUGGCUCUGAUGACGGUGGGUUCCCACUUGUCCGAAAAGAUAUCAACGACGAUGGAUAUCGCAUGGUCGGAUACAUUGGGCUGAACGAACUCGAACAUGCACUAGCCCUCGUAUCAGACGAUAGCCAAGAUGAGGUUCAGUUCCAUACGGCCUAUUCACAUCCCAUGGCUUCUUCUUCCAUUUCUUCUCUGCAGGACUCCGGUGUGGGCACAGCCUCGUCAUCUUUGGAUCCAUUUGACUUUACACCAUAUAUGGACCAAGCUCCUCUGACUUUGGUUAAUAAUUCUCCCAUGGAACUCGUACACCAAGUGUUUGUCAAACUUGGAGCCAGAUAUGUCAUUGUUACAGACACAGACGGAUUGUAUGAGGGUGUCAUUGACAAGAAGACAUGGCUCGCAUUCCUAACCAACCUUGAAGAAAAAUCUUGA